CGUUGGAUUGCAUCGUGGAAAUUGGAAUUGUCUUUUUAAUUCCUGAAGGUUUUUUUUGUUUGUUUGUUUGUUUUUGGUUUGCAGUUUUCUUGAUCCUAAACAACCAAGAUAUUUUGUGUUCCACAUGAUCGAGGCGUUUUUCCCAGCUGCGGGAAUCUAGAAACCAUGGAUACCGGCUCGGUCUGAAAUGUCUUCCUGUUUUUGUCACGUGAGGAGGCGUGGCAUGGAGGCCCCACCCCCUUUCUCUUCUGCCCUCAGGGCUUUGCUUCUGGCCAGUGGAUUAGUGCUUUACCCACGAGCCCCAGCUGUCGCUCCGCCCCGGGUCUUCUGGACCAGCGUGUCCGGGUUAUGGCGGCUGGUUCUGUCCCUAUCGCUGCUCGCCUUCCCAGGCCCAGCGGUCUCUGCUAGAGUAUCGUCGAGUCUGAGCACCACACAUCACGUUCACCAUUUCCACAACAAACACGGCACCGUGCCCAUCGCCAUCAACCGGAUGCCCUUCCUGACGAGGGGAAGCCACGCUGGGACGACCUACAUCUUCGGCCGCGGAGGGGCCCUCAUCACGUACACGUGGCCCCCGAACGACCGGCCGAGCACGAGGGCAGACCGGCUGGCCGUGGGCUUCAGCACGCAGCUGAAGGAGGCCGUUCUGGUGCGGGUGGAGAGCGCCAAGGGGCUCGGAGACUAUCUGGAGCUUCACAUAGAGCGCGGGAGGGUCGGCGUGAUCUUUAACGUGGGGACGGACGACAUCGUCAUCGAGGAGAGCGGCGUGAUGGUCAGCGACGGGAAGUAUCAUGUGGUCAGAUUCACACGGAGCGGCGGGAACGCCACACUACAGGUGGACAAUCUGCCCGUGCUAGAGCGCUUCCCUUCAGGGAGCUUUGAUAGUGAACGGCUGGCUAUUGCUAGGCAAAGAAUCCCGUACCGACUCGGUCGGGUAGUUGACGAGUGGCUACUCGACAAAGGUCGGCAGCUGACGAUCUUCAACAGCCAGGCGUUCAUUAAGGUGGGCGGCGGUGAGAAGGGCCGUAACUUCCAGGGUCAGAUCUCGGGGCUGUACUAUAAUGGCCUGCAGGUGCUGAAGCUGGCGGCGGAGGGCGACCCGAACGUGCAGGUGCAGGGGAACCUGCGUCUGGUGGGAGACGUGCCCUCCGUCAUGAGCACCGACACCACCUCCACCACGCCACUCGCAGACAUGUCCACCACCAUCAUGGAGACCACCACCACCAUGGCCACCACCACCACCCGCAAACAACGCUCGCCCACCAUGAGAGACAGCGUCACGCAGGUGAGUGAGUGA